GGGAGCGCGGACCCCCGCUGUACGGCGGAGCCUCGGUCAAGAUGGCCGCGCCCGGCCGCGAUACCCAGGGGCGCCGCCAUGGCAGCCGCGGGACCCGCUGAAGCCGCCCUUCCAGCCGCCGCCAUGUCGGCCUCCGCCUGCGAGUGGAUCCCCACAAAGCGGGAGAGCGUGGGCCGGAGGAGGAGUGCAGGGAAAGCCGAAGAGACCCGGUGUCCUGCGGAGAUGGCUGUGUCCGAGCCGACGGGCAGCGCCGCGGGAUCGGUAACAUUCAAAGAUGUGACUAUGGCCUUUACCCAGAAGGAAUGGGAGCGACUAGAUCCUGCUCAGAGGGACCUGUAUAAGGAUGUGAUGCUGGAGAACUAUAGCAACCUUGCCUCAAUGGGGUUUCAAGCUCCCAAACCAGACAUGAUCUCUAAGUUGGAAAAAGGAGAAGAGCCGUGGUUGGGGAAGGGCAAAAGACCCAGACAAGGUGGUCCCAGUGAAAUAGGAAGACCCAAGCAAACAGGAACCAAUGGAAAUGAAGUCCAGCAAGGUAAUGACCAGCUAGAGAACCACCAGGAAUCUCAAAACAAACUCUGUAAGGAAGUUGCAUUCAAGAGAAAAGGUCUGACUAAGAAGAAAGGCCGUGAAUAUAGUUCACUGGGGGAAAAAAGUGUGAGUACAAAACAUGUUCCUUCAAAAAAAAGGCUUAAAUUUGAUUCACAUGGAAAGAGUUUGAAACAGAAUUCAGAUUUACCUGGUCAUAUAAGAAACUAUGCAAAAAAGAAACCUAAUGUAGCUAAAGAGCACAAGAAAUCAUUCAGCCAUAGCUUACCUGAUACAAAGAAAGAAAAAAAUCAAGCUGGAAAGAAACAAAAAUUAUCCAACCAUAGCUUAUCUAAUAAGCAUGACAAAACUCAAACUGGCAAGAAACAUGAGAAAUUAGCUCAUCAUAGCUUAUCCGAUACUAAACGGGACAAAAUUCAAACUGGAGAGAAACAUGAGAAAUCAUCCAGCCAUAGCUCAUCUCCUACUAAGUGUGACAAGACUCAAGCUAAAGCAAAACCCUACGAAUGUAAUCAAUGUGGGAAGGUUCUCAGCCAUAAACAAGGACUCAUUGACCAUCAGAGAAUUCAUACUGGAGAGAAACCAUACGAAUGUAAUGAAUGUGGGAUAGCCUUUAGCCAAAAGUCACACCUCGUUGUACAUCAAAGAACUCACACUGGAGAAAAACCGUAUGAAUGUAUUCAGUGUGGCAAAGCCCACAGUCAUAAACAUGCCCUCACUGACCAUUUGAGAGUUCAUACCGGGGAAAAACCCUAUAAAUGUACUGAAUGUGGGAAAACCUUUAGACAUAGCUCAAACCUUAUUCAACAUGUGAGAUCUCAUACAGGUGAGAAGCCCUAUGAAUGUAAGGAAUGUGGAAAAUCCUUUAGGUAUAACUCAUCUCUUACUGAGCAUGUGAGAACUCAUACGGGUGAAAUACCAUAUGAAUGUAAUGAAUGUGGAAAGGCUUUUAAGUAUAGCUCAUCUCUUACUAAACAUAUGAGAAUUCAUACGGGUGAGAAACCCUUUGAAUGUAAUGAAUGUGGGAAAGCUUUCAGCAAGAAGUCACACCUCAUUAUACAUCAAAGAACUCAUACUAAGGAGAAGCCCUAUAAAUGUAAUGAAUGUGGAAAAGCAUUUGGACAUAGCUCUUCUCUUACUUACCACAUGAGAACUCAUACAGGUGAAAGUCCUUUUGAAUGUAAUCAAUGUGGGAAGGCCUUCAAACAGAUUGAAGGCCUUACUCAACAUCAGAGAGUUCAUACUGGGGAGAAACCCUUUGAAUGUAAUGAAUGUGGGAAAGCUUUUAGCCAAAAGUCGCACCUCAUUGUACAUCAGAGAACUCAUACUGGGGAGAAACCUUUUGAAUGUAAUGAAUGUGGAAAGGCUUUCAAUGUGAAGUCACAGCUUGUUAUACAUCAGAGAUCCCACACUGGAGAGAAACCCUAUGAAUGUAAUGAAUGUGGAAAAGCUUUCAAACAAAAUGCAUCCCUUACCAAACACGUGAAAACUCAUUCAGAAAAAAAAUCUCAUGAGUGAAAUAAAUGUGAGAAAUCAAACGAAAUGCAUCCCUUACCAAACAUGUGAAAACUCAUUCAGAAGAAAAUCUCAUGAGUAAAAUAAAUGUGGGAAAUCUUUUAAUUCAAACUAAAGGUUUUAUUUAACCUUAGUAGGAUUCUGAAUUUUAAGGAUGUUAGAAAGCCUUUAAUAAGAAGUCACACCUAAUUACACAUGAGAGAAUUUGAAAGUGAAUCUUAUGUAGAAACAAUGGAUGAUACCAACCUUUUAUAAAAAACAUUGUUUUAAAAAUAAUCAUUAAUUAUUUAUAUAUUCAGACCCAAAUAUAAAGCUUUAAAAAUCAUUAAUUAGCUGAAUAAUCAGAGCAAUAGAGAAUUUGCAUAUCUGUUAAUUUCCUUGUAUAAGUGUGUCUGGCCACUGGUAUGAGCCUCAUCUUUGAUAUUAUCACCUAACCCUUUUUUAUUUUUUUUAAUUUUUUUUAAAUUUUUUUUUAAAGAUUUUAUUUAUUUAUUUGACAGAGAGAGAUCACAAGUAGGCAGAGAGGCAGGCAGAGAGAGAGGAAGG